AUGUCUGCCAGAGCUGUGAAGACCACCACCUUCUCUACCCUGUCCACUACAAAGGGUCCGAGUCAGGGUUUCAGCAGUCGCUCCUUCUCUGGCUACGGUGGCCGAGGUGUGGGUGCUGCCAGGCAGAGCUGUGUAGUCCGUGGCUCCUACGGUGGAGUGGGUAGCAGUGGAGCUGCCGUUGGCGCUGGGGGCUUCAAGAUGGUCGGUGGGUAUGUUGCUGGGGGGUCAGCCCAAAGAGCAGGAGGACUGGAGUUUGGCUAUGUGGGCUUUGGUGGUGGCAUGGGAGGUGGUAUGGUCCAAGAAGCUGCUCCCAUCACAGAGGUGACUGUGAACAAGAGCCUGUUGACCCCCCUGAACCUGGACUUUGACCCCACCAUCCAGUCAGUCCGCAUCCAGGAGAAGGAGCAGAUCAAAACCCUCAACAACCGUUUCGCUUCCUUCAUCGACAAGGUACGCUUCCUGGAACAACAGAACAAAAUGCUUGAGACCAAAUGGAAGCUCUUGCAGGAGCAAACACCAUCAUGCUCCAGCAUUGAUGCUAUGUAUGAAGCCUACAUCGCCAACUUGCGCAAGCAGCUGGACAACUUGGGCCACGAAAAGAUCAAACUGGAUUCUGAACUGCAUCACAUGUCAGGACUGGUUGAAGACUUCAAGACAAAGUAUGAGGAUGAGAUCAACAAGCGCAAUGAAUGUGAGAACAACUUUGUCCUCUUGAAGAAGGACACGGAUGCUGCAUACUUGAUCAAAGCAGAGUUGGAAGCCAAACUUGAUGGAUUGUCCGAUGAGCUUGAUUUCCUGAGGCAGAUCUUUGAUGCUGAAAUCGCUGAGCUGCAGAGUCAGAUCAAGGAUACAUCCGUUGUUGUGGAGAUGGACAACAGCCGUAACCUCGACAUGGAUGCCAUCGUUGCUGAAGUGCGUGCCCAGUAUGAAGACAUUGCCAAUCGAAGCAGAGCGGAGGCUGAAGCAUGGUACCAAAACAAGUAUGCCGAGAUGCAGCAGUCUGCCGGUAAAUGCGGCGAAGACCUGAAGUCAACCAAGGCGGAGAUCGCUGAGAUGAACCGCAGAAUAAUGAGGCUACAGGCUGAAAUUGACAUGGUUAAAGCACAGAGAACUAACCUGGAGGCUCAAAUCGCUGAAGUUGAAGAGCGCGGCGAGCUGGCAGUGAAGGACGCCAAACUCCGUAUUAGAGAUCUGGAGGAGGCUCUUCAGAGGGCCAAGCAGGACAUGGCCCUGCAGGUCCGCCAAUACCAGGAACUGAUGAACGUGAAGCUUGCACUGGACAUUGAAAUCGCCACAUACAGGAAACUUCUAGAAGGGGAGGAGGACAGGUUGGCAACUGGAAUCAAGACCAACGUGUCCAAGAUAACCUCUGUAAACUACAAAACUUAUGGCCUGGAGAGCUGUCGCAUCCCAUCAUCCGUCAGCAGCUCAAUCGACACCGUCAAAGCAAGCGACGAGUCUGUGUCUGUCCCUGAGACAGCGGAGGUAAAGAGCACCACUACCACUACUGUCACUACAACAGAAACUCUGGUGACCACCAGUGAAGAAAAGAAGGAAGCGGAGGUGCCCGAUGCCACCGAGGCCGCUGCUGUUGAGGAGCAGGUGGAGGCUGAACCUGUGGCUGAAUGA